AUGAAUCCAGUAUCAUCUAAUACCAGUAGUGAAGAAGCUAUUAUCUUAAGACAACAAUGGAAAUUGAUUGGUGAUUGUAAGCUUAUACCUCUGGGAAAAGGCUUCUUCACUAUUAAACUGGAUACUGAAAAAGAUCGGAACUAUAUCAAAGCUGGCCAAUGGGAAGUCCUUAAUCAGGUGUUAAGAGUCAGAAAUUGGGUAUCAAAUUUUCGACCAGCAUAUCAGAGAACCUCAAAAGCUCAGUUCUGCAGUACUUGUGGAAUAAUAAGACACUUAGUAACUGAAUGCUAUGUGGAAAAAAAUAAAAACAAAGAUACAUCUGUUUUUAGGCAAUCUCAUAAUGUCAAUAAGGCUACACCAACUAAAAAUGCAGAACCACAGAAGACUCAAACUACACCAUCUAGAGUUCCUUUUGAUAUAUGUGAUAUUACUGAAAGAGAAGAAGAUGCUAUAGUUCAUUCAAUUAUUGUUACUCCACAUAGUAGUCCACCAGUGGAGGAAGUGCUUAUAUCUUCUGGGAGAUUCAACAAUCUAAGUACUGAAGAAUCAUUAAUUGAAGAAGAGUCUGUUAUAAUGGAAGUUUCAAAAAUUUGUGAAGUAGUAGAGCAAAAUUCUUUACAAAAUAGUACUGUCAAAUAUGUAAAUGGAAGUACUGGUAAAGUAACAGAAGAAGUCAUUCCAGUUACAUCAUGGGCUAAAAUUGUUAAUAAGGAAAUGAGUAUGGUAAUUCAUAACUCUUCCUCAUCAAAUAAGAAGGGUAACAUUUGGUUGUUUUGGAAUAAAAGUAUUUCAACUCCUCAAGUCAUAUCAAUGUCCAGUCAGAUGAUAACAAUAAGUGUUGGUGAUACAUUAAUCUCUGGAGUCCAUGCUCAUGUUGGAAUCACUCAAAGAAGAUUUGUAUGGUCUGAAAUGGAAUUAAUAAGUGAACUUCAAAAGCCGUGGAUCAUUCUAGGUGAUUUUAAUGCAAUAACAUUUGUGGAAGAAAAGUUUGGUGGAAGGGCUCCUAAUAAAACAGCAAUGCUAGACUUCACAAGUUGUUUAAAUAGGUGUGAACUGAUUCAGGCUCCUAAGACAGGGUUAGAUUACUCUUGGUCAAAAUGUCAACGGGGAAAGAAGAGGAUAUUAUGCAACCUUGACAGAGUUGUCUUCAAUCAGAAAUGGUUACAAAUAUAUGGUGACUGGGGAUAUAAGGUUGGAAUAAGACUAGUUUCAGAUCAUGCACCAUUAUUGGGGGGAUGUGCAACAUUUGUAUUUAUGAGUAAGCUCAAAAAUCUCAAAAAGUGUUUAAAUGAAUGGAAUUGGAAGGAGUUUGGAGAUGUCAACACAAAAAUUCAAGAAGUUGAAGCUAAGGUUAAGGUGGCAAUGGAAGAAUCUGACAAAAAUUCCCAUGAUGAAAAUGCAUAUGCUACAUUAGUAGAAGCUCAAAAUGAAUACUCCAGUAGAGAAGUGCAAUAUAGUACUCUUAUGAGGCAGAAAUCAAGAACUAAAUGGGUUAAGGAGGGUGCAGCCAAUACCAGUUUUUUCCACACAAAUCUGAAGAUAAGACAAGCUUUUAAUCAAAUUAGUGAACUUGAAGAUUCAAGUGGCAAUAUUAUAACUGAUCAAGAAAAACUUUCAGCUGAACUGGUUGGAUUCUUUGAGAAGAGGUUUGCACAUAAGGAAGUUCAAAUUAAUGAAGAUUUUCUUAAUGUCAUUCCAAACUCAAUUACUACAGAAGAUCAAAUUAUGCUUGAUGCACUUCCUAGUCCAGAGGAGAUUCAAAAGAUUGCCUUUGAAAUAGAUCCAGAUAGCUCACCAGUUCCAGAUGGAUUCUCAGGCAUUUUCUACAGGACAUGCUGGAACAUUAUUCAACAAGACAUAGUAGAUGCUAUUCAAUUUUGUUGGUCCAGAAAAUUCAUUCCAAAAGGGUUAAAUUCCAGUUUUCUAGUGCUUUUACCAAAGUGUCAAGGUGCUAAAACAGCUGCUCAGUUCAGGCCUAUAGAUUGA